AUCAAAUCCUCCUUUGAAAAAUUCCCUUUUGCCCCUUUUUCUUCAACUAAUAUUCUCUGUCUUCCAUAGAUAGAAAGCCUUUGCGUCUUAGAAAACCAGACCACAUAUAUGUCGGUGUAGAGAGAGGGAGACAUUGUAGUGAUGGACGUCGGGCCUGGAGGAUUGAGGACGAGAGCUAUGGAGGUUGAGAGGUCAGACGCAACGAAGAGAAGAAAAAUUGAGUCUGAAGAAGUGAUACAGUCAUCUUCGUCAGAUGUUCAUUACUUAAAUAGCUGCUGUUGCCUCUUGAAUUUGCCGGAAAAAGCAGUCUCGCCGUCGUCAGCAAUGUCCGGAACUUCCUGUCACUGUUCAACGUCUCCGUGCUUGAGCAACGAGUCUAGCGAGUUCGUCGAACGCAACUCGAGAUCUUCGGAUCUGAAGGCCGAGGUUUCCGAAUCUGAUAUCUCCACGUUCGUCAACGCUGGAUUCAGAGAGAAGACGAGUCCAUCAAGUGGUCUUCACGCAGACUCUAACGGAAUGGAGUCGUCGUCGACAACAACGAAGAAGCCAUCUCCAGACAGUUCACCUCGAAACCGUCUGCGGCGGCAGAGAAGCCAUCGGCGGCGGAGAUAGAAGAGUUAUUUUCCACACUUGAGAAGUACGAUCUAAAACCAUUCGCUGACAAGUACAACUUCGAUUUUGUGAAUGGAGUACCACUGUUGGGCCGGUACCAGUGGGUUCGUAUAAACGACGGAGAAGGCGAAGGCGCAGACGAGGAUGAAUACUAAGUUACAGACACAAGUCCCCCGGGCUUCUUUUAGUCCUUCACUUUAGCGGUUUAGAAAAAGGGUAACGCAUUUUUUAUUUUGGUAGUGUCAUUUUCUUAUUUUAUGUGAUUGAGAUUCAAUUCAACAGUUAC